GAUUCUCACUUCAUGCUCGAACUCGCACGGACGUGUCGCGGAUGUCGGAAGGUGGAGCUCCUGUGAAUUGUUCUUGUGCGCCGCGCACAAAUCCCCAAUACAGCCAGAUCAGGCAGUGCCUGCAGGCUUUUGUGUGAAUAGAACGGUUUGUGGCAACGUUUGUUCGAUUUUCAGGUGUUGCAAAUUGAAUUCGCUUGCAAAUACAAGGCAAUUACGCACACGUACACAUACGCGGGCGCACGCACAAGUGUAGGUGUGAAAACAAGUGAAACAGAGAGCUGGGAAAACAAACUGGGCUGCAUAGAUACUGGCUAAAUAUUGGAUUAAGCUCGAAUAAAGAUAAUAAUAACAACAAUCAAUCGUGUGACAGAGAGAGUGCGGAUGAGGAAAAGAGAGGGAGCGCAGCACGCACACAAACACUAUCACGCUGACGUCGACGCGCUGUCUGUGCAGAGGAGCAGUGUUGCCAGCCCACAAUACAGCUGCCCAAGAAUCCCAAUUAAAUAAUUAAUAAGUUCGAAUCAGAAUUGGAGUAUCUGAGGCUGGGCCUGGCGUUGCAUACUCCUUUUCCCCGAUUCGGCUUAUUGGCAUUGGGGCUCUGCUCUAAGCUCUGUGUUGGCAACACUGGCCCCCAAAGCGAGUGGGGGCAAGAAAGAGAGAGGCAGACACACAGAGAACAUUCGCGAGAGAGUCACAUGCUGUGGUGCUCAUUUCAAUUUUCCUCAAUGAAUGAACACUUUUCACGGUUUUCGGUUCGUCGGUUCGCGUUUUCCUCAGUUGUGCGUUGUUUUGCUCGUGGAAAAGUUGUAAAGCUCAGCCAGCCAGCCAUCCAGUUAUAAUCCAACAUUUUGUUUGCAGUGCAUUUGCAGCGCGGGAGAGCGAGAACCAACGGCCCAGCGCGCUGUUAAAUAAUUUUUAAAGUGUUUGUGUUUUUAACGUGUAAAACCCGAAAAAAAUCUAUGCCUUUUGCAUAACAAAAACAAGCCAAGCAAAUAAAAUUAAUCAGAAAAAGAGCAAUAAACACACAUACACGUAAACAUAUACGUAAAGAGAGAAACGGACGCCUACGUCAAUAAGCGAAAAACGGAAGGAUGCUGCUGAUGUCACCGCCGUUGCAAUAGCAACACCAAUACCAUAAAGCCGAAGCAAAAUCAACCCCUGCUGCACCCAGUCCUCCCCCCGAGAACAAGCCACACACAUGUUGCUGCCACAACUAAGAUGCUCAGCGCUGCCAAUGCAACUGCAACUGCAACAGCAACACAUGGAGCAGCAGCAGUCGCGAUUGCCGCAACCGAGACUUAUGUCAUAACAAACAAACAGCAGCAACAGCAGCAUCAGCAGCAGCAACAAGCAUUUGUUGUUGCCGCCAACAAAAUGGUGAUACCAGCGACGGGAGCUACGAUCGCCGGUAUUCCAACAGCAUCAACAACAGCAGCAGCCGAGUCAACAGCAGCGCAGCAACACCAGCAGCAGCAGCAACAUGCGCUGUUUCAGCCGCACCUACAGACAACAAGCGCAACUGCAGCAACCAGCACACCUCAGCAACAGCAGCCACCUCAGCCGCGGCAGCAUCCCAAGAAGCGAAAGUUCGAUCCAGCUGAGCUGGACAAGACCGAGCAACAUCCCCAGCACCAGCAGCAAGUGAGUCUGCAGAAGCAUCAGAAACCCGCCGAUACAUCUGGCAACAGCGAUGGCCUGGCCAACGGCAAUCAGCAGCAUCGCAUGAUCGUGAGUUGCGGUGCAGGCGCCGGCAACAACAGUAGCAGCAGCAACAGUAACAGCAGCAGCGAUAUCAAGCAGCAACAGCAACGUAUUAUCAUUGCAUCACCGCAACAUGCCAGCGGUAGUACUUACAAGCAACAUGUUGCCAGCGGCAACAAUAGUCACGCAGCCACAAUCAAUCAUCAACAACGCACACACACGCCCACAACCGCCGUUCACUACCAACAGCAACAGCAGCAGCUACAACAGCAACCACAACGUUUUAGCUUUAACUCAAACAAUCAGCAACAUGUACAGGAACACCACCAGCAGCAACAGCAGCAAUCCCUGCUCGAUCUCAGCGAGUGGAACAACACGCGUGUCCUAGCCAAAAUCCAGAAUAACUAUGCUCCCGGGGUAAUACGCCACGCCCAGGAGGCGUCUCCCGACUCAAUACUCGUGGAAUUCGAUUCCACCGAUUUGGGAUUACUGCUAUAUACGGAUGUGUUGCACCAGGGUCGUAACCAUGUGAUACUCGAUGCCAGCCCGCCCAUGGCGGAUAUUACGCUGGAUGCCCGUGUCUGCGUGCGCCAACGGGUGGAUGGUCGUGGCUCUGGAAGCUUUAUCUACGUGGAGGGCAUCAUUACUGACAUCAACCAGAACACUAAGCAAUACAGCGUUCAACUGAUUGGCGAAGAAAUGCCCAACACCAAGGUAGUGCGACGUGCCGAUCUACGGCUCCUGCAGCCGCCUUGGUGGGACGAGCUUAACGAACUGACAAUGACGGGUGGAGCAAGUGCCUCCGCAUCCAGUGCCAAGCGGAAGGUGUCGGCAGCGGGAGCAGGCGCAGGAGCUGCAGCUUGCGAGGCGAUGGCCGUGCCCAGUGGUAAUAUCGUUUACCCGAAAGCGGCCACCGGCACGCCGUUGACCUUCGUGGCCACCCGUUAUGAUGGCAAGCUGCCCACGGCACCACCCACAACGUCCCAUCAGCAGGCGCAGCAGCAACUAGUAAAACAAGAAGAGUAUUAUCGAACGACGGCCACUUCGCCUUUCCAGACGCGACCUCCCAUCGCCGGGCCCUCCCACGGAUCGGAGCAAGGGGUCCAGGUGGCACAGUCGCAUCCCCAGCAGUACAACGGCUUGGCGGACAUCGUGAUCUCCACGUGCAGCAAUGGGCAGCAUCUCAAGAUGCAGCAGCAACAGCAGCAGCAAUCGUCGCGUGGCUACGACGACUACGACUCGGACGAUGAACUCAAAAGGGUCGGCAUUGGAUACUCGCCAGCGACCGGCGACCUGGACACGGAGAAGAUGAGCGCCUGCAGCAAGCGGAGCAGUAUGCAGAGCCGCGGCAGCACAUCAAGUCUCCUCGACCAGAGGCUUACACCCCGAUCUCAUCCAGCAACACCAAGUGCCAUCCACAGAUCUCAGGCCACUACGCCGCACCGCUUCAAGAAGGGAGACAUCGUGGAGUCGGAGUCCGGCGUGCGGAAGAAGUACAACGGCAAGCAGUGGCGUCGCCUGUGCAUGCUCUGCACCAAGGAAUCUCAGCGACGCGGUUACUGCUCACGGCACCUCAACCAGAAGGGCAACAACAGUGCCCUGCCCUCGUCCACGGGCCCGGGUCGUCUGCUCAGUGACAGUCGAUCGAGCAGUAAGACGCAGAUCGAUGAGGACACCUCUCGCGACUCGGAGACGUCGCCCAACUACCGGGUCAAAGGUCGCUACGACCAGGAGGAGACCGAUGCGGCCGUCAUGCUGGUAUCGCUGAGCAGCUCUCGAUCUGCCACGCCCUCGUACACCUCACCUGUUAACCAUGCCGGAGUCUCUCCUUUGAAUUCAAUUGCCCAUUCGCCGGUGAAUGUGUCCGCCACUCACAGGCAGAACUUUUUCACACCCAUUGCUAACCAGUCGCAGCAGCAUCAGCAACAGCAGCAACCUGUGGCCGUACCGCUCGACUCGAAGUGGAAAACAACACCCAGUCCGGUGCUCUACAAUGCCAACAACAACAGCAGCAACAACAACAAUGACUGGGAGGUGGGCAGCAACAGCAAUACUCAUGUUGCAGCUACGGCACCAUCAACAUCAACAGUUCGCGCUCAACCACUGCCGCCGCAAACGACGCCCGUAUCGCUGGUGAUGCAUGCCCCACCGCAGCAGCACCCACUGCAGCAGCACCACCACCACCAACCGCCUCCACCGCCACCUGCUAGUUUGCCAGCCCCAUCGGCACCAGCCACCAGCGGCAGCAGCAGCAGCCACAACAACGUGGGUCAUGCCACCAGCGUUAUACGCAUUUCAAGCAGCCAGCAGCAACAUCAGCAGCAACAUCAGCAGCAACAGCAGCAGUCACAUCCACAUGUAGUUGUGUCCGCCGGACAGACUUUUCAUCCCGUAAUUGUGGACGCCACACAGCUAUCGGUGCCGCCGCCACCAACAACGGUUUCAUUUCACCAGCCAAACACGCCCACCUCAACAGCGGCAUCAAUAGCUUCAAUGGGGCAGGACAAGAUGCUACCAAAAAACGGCUACAAUGCGCCCUGGUACAAGAUUUUACCGCAUAUGACGCCUAUGAGCAAGGCGUCCGCAGCUCCGGUCACUCCGACCCUAACCACAUCGGCCGGCAGUUACAAUGUCGUCAUGAUGCAACAGCAACAGCAUCAGCAGCUUCAGCAACAGUCGCCACCCCAGAUGCCGCUGAACCACAACAACAAUCAUCUGAUUGUGCCCGCCCCACUAAGCUCACCGGGCAAACCACUCAACUGCUCAAUGAACGAUGCCAAGGCAGCGGCAGCAGCAGCGGCCGCAGUUGCCAAUCAGAGGCAACAGCAGCAGCAGGAGGAGCCGGACGAUCAGCUGGACGAUGAUGUGUUUGAGGCCACGACUCCCGGGAUCAGCGCCAACAGUAAGAAACAAACUACGGCUAUGCGUCUGCCCACCCACAACAGCAACAUACGCAAGCUGGAGGAAUGCCAUGAUGCGAGCGAUGGAACUGCAGGUGCACCAGCCACCUCGGCUGCCAAGCGAAGGAGUCAAUCGUUGAGCGCUCUGCAGCAACAGCAGCAGCAACAGCAGGCCGGAGCGGCAGGAACAGCAGCUGGGCAGCCGGCGAACAAGAAAAUCCGAAGACCCAUGAACGCUUUUAUGAUCUUCUCAAAAAAACACCGCAAAAUGGUGCACAAGAAGCAUCCGAAUCAGGACAACCGUACGGUCAGCAAGAUUCUAGGCGAGUGGUGGUACGCCCUGAAGCCAGAGCAGAAGGCUCAGUACCACGAGCUGGCCAGCUCUGUUAAGGAUGCACACUUCAAACUGCACCCGGAGUGGAAGUGGUGCUCCAAAGAUCGGCGCAAGUCAUCUACCUCGACAGCCAUGCCUGGUGGAAAGGCGGGCGGAGCGGCUGGAACGAGUGACGCCAAGCAACGUCUGGUCUCGGUGGAUGGCUCCGAUUCCUUGGAGCACGAUAUGUGCCCCUCAACGCCAGGAGGCAGCGGCAGCUGCGGUGGUCAGGGCAUGUCGUCCGAUUUGCAGGGAGACAUUAUACCGCUGACGAUUGACAACUAUAAUAGCACCUGUGAUGAGGCUCCAACUACGAUCUCGAUGAAGGGCAACGGCAACGGAAAGCUGAUGAAGAACGAGUUGCCAUCUGACGAAGAUGAGCAUAUGCUGGUGGUGGAGGAGGAGCCUCAGCAGCCGGUGAAGAAGCUUGACCUGCACUGCCGCGAGCGGGUGAAUGACUCAGAAAUGGACGACACCCCCUUUGACUACCGCAAGCAGCAGCCAGAGGCCAAUCAGCGUUCUGCAGAGGAGCACAAUACAUCCGGUGCAAAUGGCCAGGCCAUAGGCGCACCGCCGCUCAGCGGAGGCGAGCGCGAGAUCACACUCAAACCGAAGGCUAUCAAAGCACAUCCGGUGCUGGAGAGCAACAUGCUGUCAUACACCCAGAUGUCCAUCUACACGCAGUACACUAGUCCCAAGAACCCAAUCGGUGUAACACCAUUCCAACCCACAGGCGGCGCUUUCAAAUCGAUGCCCAUCAGCCCUAAGGGCAGCGGUGGCAAGCCUGAGGACGCUGGAUCCCUGCAGCCACAUAUCAAGCAGGAGGACAUCAAACAGGAGCCGCCAUCGCCAUACAAGCUGAACAAUGGUUCGGGAUCCGCCGCCGGAGGGGGCGUUGUUAGUGCUCCGCCACCGAACAGCGGAAGCGUCGGUGCCAUCUUCAACUUCAAUGUGCCAACAGCGACGGCUUUAAGUCAGAAGCAGUUUCACUACCCGAUGCAUCAUCCCCAUCGCAGUCCCACGGAUCUUAGAGAAGGAGGCGAACUAGGAGGAAGCCAUAAGGGCACCGGACGAGCGGCGAUCCUUUACGAUGCUUUGGUCCUUGACACGUUACACGGUCAGGAUGAGGAGGAGGCAGAAGAUGAAGCGGACGGCGAAAGGCAGGAAAAUCUAAAGGUGGCAGGCAAAGAGCAGGUUUCCACAUCCCAACCUGCGACGAUGCUGCUUAUUACCGAUGUCAACGCAUACAAUCAGCAACACGUUUCUGGCAACGCAGCAACCCCCGUAUCGGAAGCAGCUACCCUUCGCCCAGUGUCCUUUAUCAGUAUUAAUGCCUGUAAUAAGAUCACAUUGCCAGCCAAUGCCCGUAUCCUGACUGCGGCCACGGCAACUGCCACGGCAGCUGGAGCAGCAGUUAGUAGUCAUGCGGGAGCAACUCUUACUGUGAUGACAAAGGCGUCGGCGGCAACAAAUCAAAGUAGUAAUAAUGCUAGCGAUAUAACCAUCACAGCAGCAACGGCUGCUCCCGUGUCCUCCAGUGGCUCUAGCAUUUUCAUGAUAAACUCAACCACAAUUCCUUCUUCAUCAUCCAAUUCCACAGCUGCCCACCAGGCGUGUGUGCCAUCGUCGCCAGCUGGCAUGGGAUUGGGGCAUGCGGCCAACAUUGCCACGCCUCCAGCAUCGGCGCCUGCCCAGAUCAUGGGAGGCGGUCCAGCCAGUCAGAAAAUGUUUUUCGCCAUGAGUCAUCCGUAUACGUUGCUGCAGCGUUCCCACCAACCAGGCACUCCCAGCUUAGAGCACCUGCAGCUGGAUGCGUUUGCGCCAGGAGGUUACACCUUGAGGAACCACAAUGGACUGUCUUCUCUGCCGCCGCCCGUAAGUGCGCAACCCACGAUGUUGCUACAUGGAUACACGCCCAGCCAUAGCGCCGAACCACCAGCUAGAUCGCCUUCGUACAAGUCGAUGCCCUCUACUCCAAAAUCGGCCACAUAUCUCAUGAGUGCGCCACCGGAGCGGGGCAUGGAUGGGGGAAUGAGUGGAUGUGCAUCAGCAGCGGCAAGCGGAGGAGAUGAGAGCGACAUGGACGCGGAUGGCCAGCAAUUUAUUUUGGCACCCACACCUGCGCAAUUGGGUCGAGCUCCACUGCAGAGGCGUAAGAAUCUAUCACAAAGCAAGUCAGAGAGCAAUGUCUCCUUUGACGGUAAUCUGGGGACCAGCAAUGGACAGCACAUUAGUCGCAAGCUGCACUCACCCACAAUGAUGGAAUCGUCAUCGCCCAUCAUAGGCCACGUGAACAGCAGUAACCUCAGCUCGGCCCUCCCCACGCCCACGUCCUCGACAACGACACCAAACAGUGAUGAGCAACUGCCACUGACGCCGACAACCAGCUGCAGUAAUAGUCACAUAAAUCAGCAGCCAAAGUCACCGAUGAAAGGAGCUCCAGGAUCAACGGCAGCGGCCCUGAAAAAAAAGAACGAUGAGAUGAAUAACAGUGUGCUCAAGCAGGUCGAUUUUGAGAAGAAGUACAAGGCCCUGCCGCAGUUCCAGCCUGAGGAUUGCCAGUCGCCUAGUGCCAUCGCUGUGCCCUCUUCGCCGCGCGUCUACGGUACGAAUUACCGCAAGAAGAACACGGCUCCGCCACCAGUUCAAAAGCUAAUGUGCGAGGACGACUCUAUUGACGAACCAGCAUCGGCACCGCCUACGACCACCCAGCGAUUCUUCGGUCCGGACUUUAACAACGAACUAAAGGACGAACGCCUUGCAGAACUGGAGAGCUCUGACCAAACGGGACGCUCACCCAGGACGCCAAAGACACCGCUUCAAAGCGCCCGGUCCGAUGCCAGUGAGAAAGGACACCGUAAGGUCCUGGAGACGCGACGCAGCCUGGUCUUGCAGUUGUUUGCCGAGCACGGCAACUUCCCCACUGCCCAGGCCACUAUGGCCUUUCAGUCUAAGCACAGCGAUGUCUUUCCGCGCAAGCAAGAUCUGCAGCUGAAGAUAAGAGAAGUGCGUCAAAAGCUGCUGGGCCAAGCAUCCUGCACUCCACACUCGGCGGGCCCCAACACACCGUCUGAUUCCAACUCGUCGUCGACCACAUUGAGUGCCAGUAGCACCAGCUUGAAUAUGCAGGCCACCAGUGCAGAUGUUUUUCAAUAUUACUGAAUAACAGGUGGCCACCAACAACAGCACUCUGAGCUGCAGCCCCAUCCCGCCACCAACGUCACUGAAUCUGAUGCCAAGUACAAGUAAUUUGGAGUGGAAAAGGACGAGAAGAUUGGCGGGAACAGAACAAGACAACAGAUUGUUUGCUGCAAGUGACAAAAUUACUUAAGGAUAGUAAACGAAUCGACAACAAGAAUUGCAGCAACGCAGACUCACAAAACGAAACGGAUAUACAAAAAAGCUUACACUUAGCAAACGCUCAUGCAUCAGAUGCGUGGUUAACUAGUUUUUAUUAUUAUCAGCUAAUAGCAAGAAAGCAACAUACAGAGAAUAGAUAAAAUUACAAAUUUUUAAUUACAAUAGGCAUACAAAAUAUGUACAAGCAACGUAAUUUGUGAGUCGAAACUGAUUACAAAUGAAUUUAUUAAGCAGCUUAAUAAAUCAGAUGCAACCGACACAAAGGAGAGGUAGAAAUUUUGAUGAAAAUUUGAACUUUUGAAGCACAUAUGAAGUACAUACAUACAUAGAAAACAUACAUAAUCGAAAGAUUGUAUAAUCCCCGCGUAAAGGCUUAGGUUUUAAUUUACAGGCAAAACUGCGACCAACAAAUUGGAAGAGCAAAAAAAAACUACGGAAAUAGAAGUUAAGCUUCAACUUAAAUUGCACAUUAAUUUUGAAGUGUAUCAAGCACAAGCAAAGAAUUGUAUAAAUCAAACAGUAAGAAACUUGAAAUAAACACUGUAGUUGUAUUGUAUAUUUAGUAAUAACAUUUUUAACGAGAACAAUCCCCUCAAAACACCCACACUAACACCCAAUCGCACACAUCCAAAUGCUUUUAAACUGUUUGCUUUUGUUCUUAAAGCUUAUGCAACAAAAACCUUUUUAAAUUGUAUGUACAUUUCCUUGAAUUGGCUUUUUACACUGUUGUCUAAUUGAAUUAUAAUUUAUAUAUAUUUUUAUUUUAGUAUAGCCUGUUUUUAAAUUGUACACAUACCGAAAAAUAAACUCUAAAAAGAAAA